CGCUCCGGCCCGUUGCCAUGGCGAUCCCGAUGGUGCCCAUGGAAACGCAGCUGCAGAGCAUUUUCGAGGAGGUGGUGAAAACGGAAGUCAUAGAGGAGGCUUUCCCUGGCAUGUUUAUGGACACCCCCGAAGAUGAGAAAACGAAACUCAUCAGCUGCUUGGGGGCCUUUAGGCAGUUCUGGGCAAGCCUUUCUCAGGAGUCUCACGAGCAGUGUGUCCAGUGGAUCGUAAGGUUCAUUCACAGCCAACACAGCCCCAAGAGAAUUUCUUUUCUCUAUGACUGUUUAGCAAUGGCAGUGGAAACAGGUCUUUUGCCUCCCAGGAUGGUUUGUGAAUCGUUGAUAAACUCUGAUACACUUGAGUGGGAAAGAACACAGCUUUGGGCAUUAACGUUUAAGCUGGUUCGGAAAAUAAUCGGAGGAGUGGAUUACAAGGGAGUACGGGAUCUCUUAAAAGUCAUUCUGGAAAAAAUCUUAACAAUUCCCAACACAGUGAGCUCAGCUGUUGUUCAGCAGCUUUUAGCAGCGAGAGAGGUAAUUGCCUAUAUUUUGGAAAGAAAUGCCUGUUUGUUACCUGCCUACUUUGCAGUUACAGAAAUCAGAAAAUUAUAUCCUGAGGGAAAGCUCCCACACUGGUUAUUAGGCAAUCUAGUAUCAGACUUUGUGGAUACCUUCAGACCCACAGCAAGAAUAAACUCCAUAUGUGGACGCUGUAGUCUACUGCCAGUGGUAAAUAACUCAGGGGCCAUUUGUAAUUCUUGGAAACUGGAUCCUACAACACUUCGUUUUCCUUUGAAAGGCCUUUUGCCCUAUGAUAAGGAUCUCUUCGAACCACAGACUGCUUUGUUGAGAUAUGUGCUGGAGCAGCCUUACUCCAGGGAUAUGGUCUGCAAUAUGCUAGGUUUAAAUAAGCAGACCUUGAACAUUGCUCAGCACAAACAACGCUGCCCGGUGCUGGAAGACCAGUUGGUGGAUCUGGUGGUUUACGCCAUGGAACGCUCGGAAACGGAGGAGAAGUUUGAUGAUGGCGGGACUAGUCAGCUUUUGUGGCAGCACCUCUCCAGUCAGCUCAUUUUCUUUGUGCUCUUCCAGUUUGCAAGUUUUCCUCACAUGGUCUUAUCACUCCAUCAAAAGUUGGCAGGUCGGGGUCUCAUUAAAGGCAGAGACCAUCUGAUGUGGGUUCUGCUGCAGUUCAUUUCUGGAAGCAUUCAGAAAAAUGCGUUGGCUGACUUCCUGCCUGUCAUGAAACUCUUUGACCUUCUCUACCCAGAGAAAGAAUGCAUUCCUGUGCCUGAUAUUAACAAGCCGCAGUCAACCCAUGCCUUUGCCAUGACGUGUAUUUGGAUACAUCUAAACAGAAAGGCCCAAAAUGACAACUCCAAACUACAGAUUCCCAUUCCUCAUUCUUUAAAGCUUCACCAUGAGUUCUUGCAACAGAGUCUAUGCAAUAAAACGUUACAGAUGAAUGACUACAAGAUUGCUUUGCUGUGUAACGCGUACUCGACCAAUUCAGAAUGCUUCACAUUGCCAAUGGGCGUCCUGGUAGAAACUAUUUAUGGGAACGGAAACAUGCGGAUCUCACUCCCUGGGAUUAGUUGCAUGGCCUCGGGAUCUAUUACCCCCUUACCAAUGAACCUCUUGGAUUCGCUUACAGUUCAUGCCAAAAUGAGCCUGAUACACAGUAUAGCAACAAGAGUGAUAAAACUGGCCCAUGCAAAAUCUAGUUUGGCCUUGGCUCCAGCUCUCGUGGAAACCUAUAGUCGUUUAUUGGUUUACAUGGAAAUAGAGUCCUUGGGCAUCAAAGGAUUUAUUAGUCAGCUCUUGCCCACUGUGUUCAAGUCUCACGCUUGGGGAAUCCUUCACACCCUUCUAGAGAUGUUCAGCUACCGCAUGCACCAUAUCCAGCCUCACUACAGAGUUCAGCUCCUGAGUCAACUUCAUUCUCUGGCUUCUGUACCCCAGACUAACCAGAACCAGCUUCAUCUUUGCGUGGAGAGUACUGCUCUACGACUCAUAACAGCUCUUGGAAGCUCUGAGGUCCAACCCCAAUUCACCCGUUUCCUCAGCGACCCCAAAACCGUGCUUUCGGCCGAAUCUGAAGAACUCAACCGGGCCUUGAUUUUAACCUUAGCCAGAGCAACUCAUGUUACAGAUUUUUUUACAGGCUCGGAUUCUAUUCAGGGAACGUGGUGCAAGGAUAUCCUGCAGACCAUCAUGAGUUUUACUCCUCAUAAUUGGGCUUUACACACCCUAAGCUGCUUUCCAGCUCCACUACAGGCGUUCUUCAAGCAAAAUAAUGUUCCCCAAGAAAGCCGAUUUAACCUGAAAAAGAACGUGGAAGAAGAAUACAGGAAGUGGAAGUCUAUGACCAAUGAAAAUGACAUCAUCACUCACUUCUCCAUGCAGGGCUCCCCUCCUCUAUUCCUUUGCCUUCUCUGGAAGAUGCUGUUGGAAACGGAUCACAUUAACCAGAUUGGCUACCGAGUAUUGGACAGAAUUGGGGCCAGAGCCCUGGUAGCUCACGUCAGAACCUUUGCCGAUUUCCUGGUGUAUGAGUUUUCCACAUCUGCCGGAGGUCAGCAGCUCAACAAAUGCAUUGAGAUUCUUAAUGACAUGGUGUGGAAGUACAACAUCGUUACUCUGGAUAGAUUAAUCCUCUGUCUGGCCAUGCGCAGUCAUGAAGGAAACGAAGCCCAAGUUUGCUACUUCAUAAUUCAGCUGCUGUUACUUAAGCCGAAUGAUUUCAGAAAUCGAGUGAGCGAUUUUGUGAAGGAGAACUCGCCCGAACACUGGUUGCAGAAUGACUGGCAUACCAAACACAUGAGUUAUCAUAAGAAGUAUCCUGAGAAGCUGUAUUUUGAAGGAUUGGCAGAGCAGGUCAAUCCUCCCAUGCAGAUCCAGCCAUCUUACCUGCCUAUCUACUUUGGAAAUGUUUGCCUUCGUUUCCUCCCGGUAUUUGAUAUUGUCAUCCACCGGUUUUUGGAAUUGCUUCCAGUGUCCAAAUCGUUGGAGACUCUACUGGAUCACCUGGGCGGCUUAUAUAAAUUUCACGACCGCCCAGUAACUUAUUUGUACAAUACUCUGCACUACUAUGAGCUGCACCUGAGAGAGCGCACCAAUCUCAAAAGGAAGCUUGUCCACGCCAUUAUCGGCUCACUCAAAGACAACCGACCACAAGGCUGGUGCCUCAGUGACACUUACCUCAAAUAUGCUAUGAACCCACGAGAAGAGAGUCCCUGGAUCCCAGACGACACUUACUACUGCAGGCUUAUUGGCCGACUAGUAGACACUAUGGCUGGCAAAUCUCCUGGCCCGUUUCCUAACUGCGACUGGCGGUUCAAUGAGUUUCCCAACCCUGCUGCCCACGCCCUGCACGUCACCUGCGUGGAGCUCAUGGCCCUGACCGUCCCAGGCAAGGAUGUCGGCAAUGCUCUUCUGAAUGUGGUGUUGAAGAGUCAGCCAUUGGUGCCAAGAGAGAAUAUUACUGCCUGGAUGAAUGCAAUUGGAUUGCUCAUUACAGCCUUACCAGAACCCUACUGGAUUGUUCUUCAUGACCGAAUUGUCAGUGUACUCAGUAGCUCAAGCUUGACUUCAGAGACGGAGUGGGUUGGAUACCCUUUCCAGCUGUUUGAUUUUACCGCCUGUCACCAGUCCUACUCGGAGAUGAGCUGUAGCUACACCUUAGCUUUGGCACAUGCCGUAUGGCACCAUUCGAGCAUUGGGCAGCUCUCUCUCAUCCCCAAAUUCCUAGCUGAGGUGCUCUUGCCUAUAGUGAAGACUGAAUUCCAGCUGCUUUACGUAUACCACCUCGUGGGACCGUUUUUACAGAGAUUUCAGCAAGAGAGGACUCGGUGUAUGAUAGAGAUUGGAGUGGCAUUUUAUGAAAUGCUGCUGAACGUUGACCAGUGUAGCACCCAUCUCAACUACAUGGAUCCCAUCUGUGAUUUUUUGUAUCAUAUGAAGUACAUGUUUACCGGAGACAGUGUGAAAGAUCAGGUAGAGAAAAUAAUUUGCAAUUUAAGACCUGCUCUAAAACUCCGCCUGCGUUUCAUAACACACAUCAGCAAAAUGGAACCAGCCACAGCCCCUCCACAGACCAUCAGCAGUGGUUCCCCGGCACCUCAGCCCAGCCAGGUCCCUGUCAACGUGGCCUUGCCGGUGACCCAGUAAAACAGGUGGCCCCUUGGUGGCAUGUGGAUUCUUCUUGGGAAAGUGAGAAAACCCUGCUCAACCUGAGCACUUGCUCUUUGGAAGAAGAGGAAAACAAAGGUGCAGAAUUGUUGCAUUUGAUUUGCCAGGAAUGGAUCCUCUGAGGUUCUCCUUUCCUUUUCUGUAUUUAUCUCUAAGAGAUAAGAUAAGGGAACCGGGCUAUCCUUAACCAGGAGAAUUUAUCAGAGGUGCUUUGGAGUGUGGUGUUUAAUAGUCAACUGGAACCUCGGGGCCUUUCCUAGCUAGGGACUGUUUGUCCCUGGCAUUCCUUUUUAAUGACACAGUCAUUCCUCAAACCCAGAUCACUGUCCACCAGUUACCUGAGUAGCCGAAGGCCCCCUGAGGCUCAGAUUCUGGUUAAUGGAACGUAAUGUUAGGAAAGGAAAUUCUUGUUUCUACUGAAUGGAAUGAUUGACGAGAUUUGGUACUCCUUAAUAAUAGCUUGCAAAGGAAGCGAAUCCUCCCUGAAUGCCCUAAGAUAAUUUUCUGACAACUAUUCCAGAAAACAGACUGGAAUUUAUUCAGGAUUUUCCACAGAUUGAGAGGUUGCUGGACUAAACAGCUGGAAGCCUCGUUGCCAUUCUGUGGGACAUUUUUGUAAAAUGAUGUUGAAGCCACCUUUCUCUUCUUUCUCCAUGUAAGGUGGUGAAAUUUUCUCUGGUCAGUUCUAAUAUAAUUUUUCUAAUAUCUAAAUUGCUUUUGUAUUUGUAUAAUGUCAACCUUACCUUGCAAGGUGUGUGGGUUUUGUGAUGCAUUGUGUUUUGUUAAUACAAGAAAAGAGUGACUCAAUCAAAAUUUGUAAAGUAUUCAAGUUUAGCUUACUCUCCAAAGCACAUAAUUCAGUGCCCUGCAUACAGUAAGUGCUCAAUAAAUACAGUUGAAUGAAUGAACAGUAAGCACUCAGCUGCGGUUGAUGAACUGAUUGUUUAAAAAAAACCUGAUUCGAUUAAAGAAUCCCUACUGACA